UUGCUGUUUAUUUUUGGAUCAUCGACUGAAGCAAAAGAUAUGUUGCAGUGUCUCUUGCUUCUGUGCCUAGUAACUACUAGGGCCUUGUGUGAGGAUGAGCCCAACCUGGGAGGAGGAAAGGGGCGCGAGGGCUGGAUUGACCCAGGGGAUAUGCUUCUUGACUUAGAUUCCAUCCCAGGAAGUAGUCAUAAACCAAAUAAGUACGUAGAGUCUGAAAAGGAAAUAGUCCCAGAAGAAAUGAGUGAUAUUGUUCAAAAUUGUAUGAAAUACAAGGACCAACUUCAACCAGUCCUAUGUGAUAAGAUAUGCAAAGAUGCCAAUGGAGACGUGCUGUCGUCAGCUUCAGAUGGAUCAGGGUGUCCCGAGUGUACUGAGUGUAAUAAGGGAACUUGUGACAUGUUCUUCAAACAGUACAUCAACAGGCUUCUUCUUCAUUUUAACACAAAGUUGCAAGAGGGUGAUUCCACUGUUUAUGACAUGACAGUUAAAUUGACAUCAUCUGAUAUGGCUGCCCUCACCAAGUAUGCCAAAUCUGACCAGGGAAAUGUUCAGGAUGCAAACUCAGCCCUAGGUCAGAUGAUUGUGAAGGUAACACAAAGAGAAAGCUCUGUUCUAGAGCCUGAAACCUGGUCCUUUGAGGAAACUUUUGGACUACAGUUUCAAACAGUUUUACAGGUGUUAUGUGCUGUCACAUUGGCUUUAGUCUGUGUUUACCUGUCAGUGAAGAUACACUUGCAGAUAACCAUGCUUCAGCUCUUUGGCAAGCUGGUUGCUCUGUUAUUCUUUAUCAGCAUUCCUUGGAAUUGGGUCCACUUGUACAAGAUGGCAGUUGCUAAAAAGAUGGCUGAAGCAGUGAAGAAUAUACCAGCUGAAUGUAGACCAUCUGAUAUGUCAUGGCACCAUUCCUUGGGGAGCUGGUUCAAGGACUUGUUCACAUUCCAGGAGGAUGAAUGUGUGCAGUACCACGAGGCACUACUUGUUAACCCAAUACUUGAGGUGGCCCCAACUCAGGCAAUUGCAGUUACCUUUACAAAAUUUCUUCUUGAGCCAGUCAAAUACAUCGGGGAAUCUGUUGGUGAUUUCUUCAAACAUCUUCUUAAAGACAUGCCUGUACAGCUGGCCCCAUUCGUCCUUGCCUUUGUUGUGAUCACUCUCAUUCUCAUGAUCAUCAUGACGUUUGGGUAUAGGAUCCGCUUGCCAUUUUUCUUCAGUCUUGAGCGAGACAGUCCAAAGGUUGAUAGUGGGUCAGACACAAAGGAGUUGAAACAAAUGGCUGAGAAGCAAAAUGUUCAGUUGAUGGAAGUACAGAAAACACUUGCUCUGCUGCAGCAAUCCCAGAAUCCUUCAGUCACAUUUGCAGACAGCAAGUCACAAAUGGCCAUUGACAACUGCGGCCCUUCUGAGCCACAUGCUUUGGAAUAUAGCAAGAAUAUGCAGAACCGAAAAGUGAAGAAAAAUCAAAAAUCAAACAUUUUAAGUACAUUACCUGCAACUGCAUGUAAGAAAAAUGAAAGUCCGCCGAUUCAGGAACAACAAGCCGAUAGUUCAGACCAAUGUGUGAUAUCAAGGCGAAAAAGAUCUGAGGAAACUGUUGAUACAAAGCAUGCAGAAUCGGAUGAUAGCUUUGAAGAUAUAACUAAAGAAUCUGCUGAUAUUUUGGUGGAUAUUUCUGAUUGUGAAGUCAAUGAUGAAAAAAUUGAGUUUGAACAAUCUGGUGAAUCUCUGUCUGACAGUGGUAACAAAACUGACCCAUCUAACGAAGACAAUACUAGUGAUGCUCUGCCAAGUCUAACAAUAAAUACUCAAAGGAUCCCUGAGGUGAAUUCAGCUCAUGGUGAAGGUAAAGUUAGCCCUACUAGGAAGACUCCAAGAUCAAUGCUUCCAACUGCUAAAUCCAUACCCACCCCCUCUCGAAUCAAACCCCCAAAGGUACACUCUGGUAUACCAAAGAGAGGUGUAGAAAAUAUUGUUGCGAAAUCAUCAAGCAAUGUUAGCCUUGAUUAAUACUAUACAUGUUAAAUGUAGAGUGAUAGACAUUUAAAAGGUAAUUAAUUGAGCAAAUGAGGGAUCAAAAGAAUGAUGCUAUUUGUCUCAGGAUUUUAAUAUACCAUAUGAAAGGGAAAGUAUUGGGAAAAGGAGAAUAACAUUACAGAUGUCUGCUAUUUCCAUUGGUUAAAGUUUAUUGAAAUUAAUAGUCCAUUCAUGAACAGGGGGCAAUUUUUAGUCCAAAAUUUUUACACGGGAAAAAGAUUUUGCUGAGAAAGAUAAAUUUUCCCUGGAUCACACUUUAAGUAUCUUUCAACCUCAUUAAUGUACAAUGAAACACAAAACUGAGUAAUACUAAUUAAAAAUCGAGUGUGAAUUUUUUAAACUAAAAUAUAUAUUUUUAAAUGACAAUUUCAAAUGAAUACUUUUUAAAUACAGAUUUAUCAUCUUUCAAAUGAUAUAUUGGAACCUCAGGACAAAUUUCAUCAUUC